AUGAAUAUAUAUAUAGAGAGACAGUGCAAAGCUCAGUCUUAUAGUCUUUCUCUCUGUUUUCUUACUCUGCUCUGCUAAUUCUUCAAAUUUAAUACUGAGUUUUUGAUCUUUGAACGUACGGAAAUGGCGAUGGAGAAGGCGAAAGAGCACAUUGAGGAGAUCAGGAGGGACAAAUACUCCAUUGGAGGUAAACCUAAUACCUUAACUGAGGAUCUUCAUCAAGCUGUAAUGAACCUCUCUGCUGAACUUUACGCUAAAGACGUCCAUUUCCUCAUGGAGCUCAUUCAGAACGCGGAAGAUAACGAGUACGUGGAGGGAGUGGAUCCUUCGUUGGAGUUCAUCAUUACGUCCAAGGACAUUACGGCCACCGGAGCACCGGCGACGCUGCUCAUUUGCAACAAUGAGAGAGGCUUUUCCAGGAAAAAUAUUGACUCCAUUUGCGGUGUUGGACGUUCUACCAAGAAAGGCAACAGAAAGCGUGGUUACAUUGGGGAAAAAGGAAUUGGGUUCAAGAGUGUAUUCUUGAUCACAGCUCGACCGUACAUAUUCAGUAAUGGAUACCAGAUACGUUUUCAUGAAGAGCCUUGCCAGCACUGCAAUCUUGGCUACAUUGUUCCUGAGUGGGUUGAUGAGAACCCCACUCUCUCUGAACUCAAACAGAUAUAUGGUUCUUCUGGUUCUGCUCUUCCGACCACAAUUCUCAUCCUGCCAUUGAAGCCUGACAAAGUCAGACCUGUGAAGCAGCAACUCUCUAGUAUUCACCCCCAAGUUCUGUUGUUCCUCUCCAAAAUCAAGAAACUCUCUAUCAGGGAAGAUAAUGAAGACCCCAGACUCAAUGCUGUGAAUGCAAUAGCAAUAUCUAAGGAGACAGAUUUUAGGCAGAGGAAAAACAUUGAUGCUGAAUCUUUCACCCUCCACCUAUCAGCAGAAGAGAAUGGAGCCGAAAAAGAAUGCAUGUUCUACAUGUGGAAACAAAAAUUUCCAGUUCGGCCGGAAAAUAGAGAGGAAAAGAGAUCAGAAAUAGAGGAGUGGGCAAUCACGCUGGCAUUUCCAUUUGGAGAGCGGCUUCAGAGGGGAACACACUCUCCUGGGAUCUAUGCAUAUCUUCCUACGGAGAUGGUCACAAACUUUCCAUUUAUUAUUCAGGCUGAUUUUCUCCUAGCAUCCUCAAGGGAGACAAUUCUCUUAGACAGCAAGUGGAACCAAGGAAUUCUUGGAUGUGUGCCUACCGCUUUCAUAGACGCAUUUAAAUCUAUGGUGAAAACAAGUGAAGAUGCACCAGUGUGGAAUUUGCCUGAUAAGUUCAGGUUUUUGCCUGUCAACCCGUCCAAUCAUGUAGAGCUGAAUGUUGUGAGGAACGCAAUCAAAGCAAAGCUACUCGAAGAGGACAUUGUCCCGAGUGAAAUGGUGAUGGAGCAGAAGUUCUUCCAUAAACCCCGCGAAGUGGGAAGGCUUAUGCCUGCUUUCUGGUGUAUUUUAGAUAAGGCAGCGAAAGAAGGGGUGAGUAUGCUCAAACUUUCUUCCCAUGGAAAAUUUAUAUUGAGUUCGUCAUUUGACAGAGAAGAAUAUGAUCACAUACUCAAUUUCUUGGAAGUCCAGCCAGUUGAUAAUGAAUGGUAUGCGAAGUGCAUUCAGGGUUUUAAUCUUGCGGGUGGAGUCUCUGACCAUGUCUAUUUGGAGCUUCUAUUGUUUAUUGCUGAUAAUUGGAGCUCCAAAUUUUACUCCACGAACAUCAAGAAUAUACCACUUAUAAAAUAUGAGGACCGUAAUGGGAAUAUCUCUACGUUCAGCAUCAGUGAAUCUGUAACCUGGAAUGGUCAGAGUCUGGUUUACCUAUCUCAUCUUUCUUCUCAAACUUCUUGGUUGAUUAAGUGGAACAAGGAAUUUGGGCCUGUGAGCAAUCGUUUUUUCAUGCCAGAAAUCACGCAGGAAGUAAUAUGGUCAUUUCCCAGGAAAGAGACAUUACUGAAAUGGCUUCAAGAUUACGUGAAGAUUGGUGUCGUAGAAGUUAAUGAUUAUGCAGUUCUCCUGAGUAAUUCUGUUUUUACAGAGCGGAAGCUUGCUAUAUUGUUUGCUCACUUCUUGUAUCACUCAAUGCUAAAGAAAUAUCUCAUGGUGUAUCAAGUGGAUCAAUUGUGUAGCAUUAUGCCACUGGUUGACAGCUAUGGGUGUGUCAUUACUCGACGAAGUGGAAUUCUUGUCCCUUCUAAAGGAAGCAAAUGGGCAGGGUUGGUUCUUAAAAACUUGUGGAGAGGAGAAGGCUAUGUUGAGUUGAAUGACGACUAUUUGAGCCCAUUUCGUCAUGCUGGAAAAUUGAUUACACAGGAGAAUGGGCUCAUUAGUUUCCUUAAAACUCAUGCUAAAGCAUGUGAUGUUCCUUGCAUACCUCCUCCUGAUGCUCCGAUUGCUGCUGUAUCUGGAGUACUUACCAAGUCAAACACAUUCUUGCUUUUAGAUUGGAUUCGCUACUUUAUUCGGGAGCGCAUCCCCAUCCCCAACAAGUUCUUGACGAGUAUAAAAGAACAAAGUUGGCUGAAAAUCACUUUGAAUGGCUGCCCUGGUUCCAGACCACCGCCACAAUCAUUCCUCCAUAGCAGCUCGUUCUAUUCAUGGGGAAGUGUUCUGCAGAAUGAAUCAGUGCUUGUUGAUAUUCCUUUGGUUGACCUUAAUUAUUAUGGUGAAGAAAUAAGGGACUACGAGGAGGAGCUGAAAAAAGUUGGAGUUAUGUCUGAGUAUGGUGAAGCUUGUCAAUUUAUUGGAAAACAUCUCAUGUCUCUUGCUGCUUCCGGUACCUUGACUAAAAGCAAUGUGAUUUCAAUACUGAAAUUCAUCAAAUUUUUGAGGUCCAGAUGUCUUCCACCAGAAGAAUUCAUCAACAGCAUUAAGCAAGAGAAAUGGUUGCGGACAUCUUGUGGAGAUAGGUGUCCAGCUGAAUCUGUUCUGUUUGACAAUUACUGGAAAACUGCAUCGAAAAUCAGUGACAUUCCGUUCAUUGAUGAAGAAUACUAUGGUGAAGAAAUCUUGUCUUUCAAGACAGAACUUGGAUUGCUGGGAGUGGUAGUUGCUUUCAGUGGAAGUCACCAGCUUGUUGUUGACCACCUCAGGCCAUCUUCACACUUGAGUUCUCUCUCAUCCGAUUCUCUACUUUUGAUAUUGCAAUGCAUGCGUCAUUCAAAUUCAACUGAAAAGAUUGUAAGAACACUAAGGGGAACAAAAUGUCUGAAGACAAAAGUUGGUUACAAGUCACCUCAUGAAUGCAUCCUAUGUGACCCCGAAUGGGUUUGCCUUCUUCAGGUGUUCAAUGAUCUUCCAGUCGUGGAUCAAAAUUUCUAUGGAAAAAACAUCUUCAUUUACAGAAACGAGUUGAAGCAAAUUGGGGUGGUGGUGGACUUUGAGGGAGCCACAAAACUAUUUGUUUGUUGGUUUAAAGAACACGCUUCAAAAAAAUCCAUUUUCAAAGAGAAUGUCAUUUCAUUUCUCUCAUGCUACAGACGGCUAAAGGAAACUUCUUACAACUUCCCUACAGAGGCGAAAAAUUGCAUCCGCAAAGAGAAGUGGCUGCGGACUCGCCAUUGUGAUUAUUAUAGGUCUCCAAAAGACUGCAUUCUCUAUGGUUCUGAUUGGGAGUCCAUCUUUUCCAUCACUAGCCUUCCUUUCAUCGAUGAUAGUGAAAAUUGGUAUGGCACUGCAAUUUACGAGUAUGAGAAAGAGCUGAAGAGUAUGGGAGUAGUCACUGAUUUUAAGGACGGUGUAGAGAUUAUUGCUACUUGUCUUUAUUUUCAUGAUGUCAGUCGUAUCACGUCUUCAAGUGCACUUUCGUUGCUGGAAUGCAUCAAGAUUUUAUUGAAGAAAACAGACUACAGUUUUCCUGAAAGUUUUCCUGUGAAUUUCAGGAAAGAGCUUUCCAAAGAAUGGUUAAAGACAUAUGUUGGUUAUAGACGUCCUUCCGAAUGCUUGCUGUUUGAUUCUAAAUGGGGGGAGUUUCUGACAAAGAUGGAUGGACCGUUCAUUGAUGAAGAGUUUUAUGGCUCUAAAAUUGUAUCCUAUAGUGGAGUGCUCAAGGAAAUUGGGGUGAUUGUUGAUGUGGACAAAGGGUGUUCAUUAAUUGCCAGCCAACUUGGUUCCCAUACUGAGUUAUCAACAAUUGUACGGAUAUAUAAUUACUUGAGUAAGUUUAAAUGGGAGCCUAAAAGUGAGGAGGAGAAGAAGAUAUGGAUUCCAAAUGGAAGUUAUAAAGGGGUUUGGGUUGGUCCAGAAGAUUGUGUUAUUUCUGACAAGAGUGAGCUAUUCAGUUUGCAGCUGACCAUUCUGGACAAAUACUACAAAGGCAAUCUUAUUUUCUUUUCUAGUGCAUUCCAAGUCAAAUGCAGUCCUAGUAUCGAGGACUACUGUAAGCUUUGGAAGUGUUGGGAGAGUUCGGGACACAAAUUGUCACAUGAUGAGUGCUGCAAAUUCUGGAGUUACAUUAUCAAACACUCAUCUUCAAAGGCAGAAAAAGACCUUCGUGAUAAGCUGGAGAAAGUACCUGUCAACUCAUGCUCCAAUAGCAUUGUCUUGGUGGACAAGCAUGAUGUUUUUGUCGCUGAUGAUCUUCAACUCAAGUAUCUUUUUGAACAGUCUUCUUCUCACCCCAUAUUUGUUUGGUAUCCUCAGCCUAGCAUGCCUAGUCUCCCUCGUACUAAGUUGCUUGAAGUUUUCCAGAAGAUCGGUGUUCGCACUAUCUCUGAAUCGGUUAAGAAAGAAGAGGUUUCCAUAGCGAAAGGCGCUGAAAAUGAGCAGGUGAUUCCAAGAGAUGCUUUGAUUGGGAAAGGUUUGAUAAAGCUUAUACUUGGGUUUCUAGCUCAUCCUUCCCUCAACAUGGAUGCUAAAGAGAGGCAUGAAGCCAUGGAAGAUCUUCUCAAUGUUACUGUUCUUGAGACAGUUGAACCAAUUGAUGUAAGCUAUAAUUUGUCAUUGUCUUCUGGGAAAAGUCUGAAUGUGAUAGCCAGUGGAAUGGUGAGAUGGGACAAAGAGAGCUCCAAAAUCUUCAAUCAAAAGAUGGACAUGUCUAAAGGGCCUGAAAAUCUUAUUAAGCGUGCUACAUAUUUCUCUCAAGUGAUAGCGGAAGGUGUGUUAUGGCAGAACAGUGACCAUAUAGAUGCACUGUCCGAGCUGCUCAAGUUUGCCUUUCUGCUGGAAUUUAACGAAAAAGCAGUGGAUUUCUUCAUGAAGUCGAGGAAUUUGCAGAUUUUCUUGGAGGAUGAAGAAUUCAUUUCUUCUGCCUUCUCUUCUGUCUAGGUAUGCUUGGUAACUUUGUAUCUAUACUAGUAUCUAAUGAACUAUGUCGUAGCCUAGUAAUAUUGGCUCUUUAACUCUGUGAUAUCUGCCUUUGGUAUUUCUGGAGUUUAUAAUAAUGUAUAAUUAUAUGGAAUAUGCUUUAGUAUGUAUGGAUCAGUCUACUUCUGUAACAUUCCUCUGAAAUGAGUAUAUAUAUAUACAACAGUUUGCCGUGAUA